CAGCGUCACGCAUGGGCGCGCCGAGACCAUCAUGCCGGGGUCCCUGCGCACGGAGCCCGCGCCGCUGCUCCUGCUGCUGCUGCCCCUGCUGCUGCCCCUGCUGCUGCUGCUGCUGCUGCGGAUCGAGGGCAGCGCCGCGCAACAUUUCCUCCACCUGCGCCCCGUGCCCAGCGAGGAGCUGCCCCUCACCGACCUCAUCGAGUACCCGGACCCCGAGCUCGACCCCAAGGCCAAGGACCUGGACGAGAGGGUGCUGAGGAGGCUGCUGGGCAGCCACUUCGAUCCGACCUUCAUGUCCGUCGCGGCGCCGGGCGAAGUUCGCGCCCGCGGACUCGCCAAGAACGCCAGCGAGCCCGGCGAGCCGCACGCGCGGACCCCGCAGCACGGCCGAGUGGCCGCGGCUGCUGCUGCUGCGGCUGCUUCGGCGGCGUGGCGCGACCGCGUGAUGCCGAGCGAGAUCAGGGACAUGGACUUCGCGCGUGCCGCUUGGCCGGACCCCAGGGGCUCGCGAGCCGGCGCCCUGGGCAGGAAGGCGCGGCGCAAGAUGCAGCUCUUCCUGUGGGCCUACACCCAGUGCCCCGUGGCGUACGCGUGGAAGGACCUGGGAGCGCGCUUCUGGCCUCGCUACGUGCGCGAGGGCAGCUGCCAGAGCGGCCGCUCGUGCUCCAUCCCCGCGGGCAUGAGCUGCAAGGCGCAGCGCUCCACCAGCAAGGCCAUCCUGCGCUGGUACUGCCGUGGGUGGGGCGCGCACAGGAACUGCACGUGGCUGAAGAUCCAGUAUCCCAUCAUAGCCGAGUGCAGGUGCUCCUGCUGAGACGACGAGGGGGGCGCAUCGAGCCACUGCUGGACGGAUGACGAACAUCUCCCUGCCUCUCUCGCUCUCCGCGCGGGGUGCCACGUCGCGCGCUCCGGAUGCCGCCUGGAAUUCGCUCGUGGCUCCAUCUCUGCUUUGGUCGUCCCGGACAUUCCCUUACGACUGUGCCCGUGCGUGGUAUGUGUCUGCCAACACGGGGCGAGCCGAGUUCGAUUCUCGCGAACGGCCAACACCAGCGACCAUUAUUUGAACCAGUCUUCGGCCUCCCCUAGGUCGACUCAGCCUCAAACGGGUACCUGGUGCGGUGUGUAAAAGCAUCGCCACUAGGGAGACAAAGGCGCACAGGCGUAGCGCUGGCCACCCACCCCCUCGUGUGCUGUGCCGGCUUUCAAAGGUGCUCGCGAACAGCACUUACCCCAACAGUCUGUUGAGGCUACACGGGGGAUCUUUGACUUUGUGUGACGAUUCGCAAAUUGAAAUUGACGCGAGCCACGUCCCAUGAACAUCGAUUGCGUCCGUCACAAGUUGUACAUUAACAUCCACGUGCUAGGAUAGGAUACGAUUGAGUUUAUAUAUAUAUUUUGAAAUAUAUAAAUAUACAGAUAGUUUUUAUUAUAUAUAUCAUGAACAGUUCCGUAUUGUUUCAGUAUUAAGGCGAUGUGUGUGUGCUCAAAGGAACGCGUCGCUGUGUGCACGCAAGAGUUAUAGCGCUACCAAUUAGUAUGCUAGCCAGUGUUACAUCACUACCAAUUAGUGGGCUAGCCAGUGUUACAUCACUACCAAUUAGUGUGCUAGCCAGUGUUACAUCACUACCAAUUAGUGUGCUAGCCAGUGUUACAUCACUACCAAUU